GCCUAACUGCACAGGAGAGUACAGAAGCACUCUCAUUGUGUCUUGAGGCCAAGCCGCGGAAUAUUUCCUUAGCUUGAUAAGAAUGCUGGAAUUACCAGCUAUCACAACAUACUAUAUUGGAUGCAAUACCGUUUAAGAAUACAUUAUUUUCAGGAAGGGGUAGUGGUAGGACUCAAUAUUCCAGAACGCCGCUUAGUCGUCCCAUCAUGACGGCUUCUGGCCCAUGGUCCAGUAGUAGUUCGUCCCCUACGCACACCAAGUACAAGAAUUGCCCACCUAUCAAUAGGGUCAACACUGUUACUACAUGUGUUAGGGAGUUGCAACAGUCCCUACAGGAGAUGCAACAGGCAGAAAAGAACGAUAUGGAAAAACUGUACUCCAUAGUAGAAGGUCUUGCUACACUACAGCUAGGAUUCAGCGCGCUCUGACAACGGCACCUGACUGCAUCGUCUCAAGUUCUAUUCCAUCGAACGUUGAGAUCCUAAGGUUUCGAAGCCUUCCAUAUAGGACUCGGUUUAUGGAGCGGACAUCAAGUCGAAGUCAUGGGGUCAGCAUUCCCCAGAGUUUCCCCGUGGUGCUUCUGCUGUUUCUGACGGCAUGUUUUCAAGUUGGAACCAUCAAGGCCAUCGGGAUUUACCUCAAAGACAUCUCAUGGAGCUUAGGAACGUCCUCGACAGAGAUCGGUGUCGCCCUCGGACUCUUCAGUGCUUUCGGAUUCUUUCCUGCUCCUUUGAUUGUCGCCCUCUAUCGGGUGAGAUCGAUUCGUCGAUGGAUCUUGAUCUUGGGAUCGUGUCUGAUAUCUCUCGGUGUCAUCCUCACUGCUUUAGCCACAAAUAAUACUCUCAUCGCCGUCUAUCUAUCGAUUUCUGGUGUUGGCCAUUGCAUGGUUGGGAUAUGCUCUACAGUUGCCUUAAGCCAUGUUGCUAGCGAGCAGAACUUCGAUAUAUUAUACGGCAUGGGAAUGAGCGGUUUUGGACUUGGUAUGGUUCUACUUCCGUUUCUGGCCGAGGUCUUUGGUGAUAGUUACGGUUGGAGAGGCGGUCUUCUCCUUCUUGGGGUUCUCAUGGCCAACCUGGUCCCCUGCGCCAUGACCAUAGAGACUGACCCGGCAAAUAACCAUCGAACAAACAAUCAGCCCAGCGGACCCUCCGAAGAUAGACUCUCCAGCCGUUGCAGCGACAGUUCAGCAUCAGAAGAUUGGGAUGAAGGAGCACCGUUGUGUCAAGAAGGAACCAUCUGUAGCAACCAUAGACCCAAGAGGAAAACGUCUGAUUAUUACGAUUGUGUUGAUGAAGAUGAUGUCGAUGAUGAAAAUGGCAGCGACUGUCCAUCGGGUUCAUCGAUGGACCCGAUCCCAUGUCAGUCUCAUGAACAAAACUCCGAAUCAAGGUCAUUCAUUGAGAGGAUGAACCACCGUAUUCGCCAGAGCGAUUUUUACCGGGACCCCGUGAUGGUUGUCAUGCUUGUGGAUUCACUGCUUUUCGGCCUCCUUUCCUGUGGCUGGCACGGGUUCCUUGUACCUCUUGCGGUCCAGAGAGGCUACUCUAUCCAUGCUACAAUUUUGAUGACACUGUUUGCCGCGUUCGGGAACUCUCUAGGGAGAAUCAUAGCAGGCACCCUCUCCGGCCGACUAACAAAGCCCAUCAUUCUGUUCCUUGGUGCUGCCUUGCUGAACACCUUGACUAUUCUUUGCGAUGUGUUCCUCCGGUUCUAUUACGUGAUGCUAGUGACGGCAUUUCUUUCAGCUCUUACCAUUGCUGGAAUGUCUGUCCUCGGGCCACUUGCGAUGAAAAAGCGGGCAUCUCCGGAAAAUUUUGACGUGGUGUAUUCGGUUGAUGAGCAAUUCUUUGGCCUGGGUACCUUUCUUGGUGGCUACUUAUCAGGUGUUGUUGCUCAACAUUUUGCUUCGUAUGACGCUAGUUUCAAACUUCUAGCUGGUGUGGAAAUUGCUGUGUUUUUGCUAAUGUUCCCGGCCUUAUUAAUUAAGAAACCAGUCGACCUCUAAUGAAUGUAACCGUAUAGACUUUGUUCCCUAGUGAAAAUGGUGAUAUUACCAUGGUAACAGGUAACAGCCAAUCAAAAUCAAAGAUUCCAACAUGGAAGCGUUCAUCAUAGUAACUAUUAUGCAGCGGAGCCCACUUUGUCUUUAUACAGUGCGUAUCAAAAAAAGUUUACACUUUGAAGGUAUUCUGUAAAAUUAUACAUUUGUAAUAUCC